GGAGCUUGCAGUGAGCCGAGAUCGCGCCACUGCGACAGAGCGAGACUCCGUCUCAAAAAAAAGAUUUGUAAGGGACGAGCCUGGAAGCAGGGAAUCGGUCAGGAUCCGAGUCACCCUGGAGCCCAGGCAGAGAUCAGCGAAAGCCCUCGCUGAUGCAGAGGUCUGGAAGGCGUGGCGCUCCGGGAGGCUGGGCAGCUGGACUCGGCAUGACCAGAGGUCGUGAGGCCGUUCCGCAGGCUUGGGACGCUCCUGACCCUCAGAAUCAAGCGCGGGCCACUGCAUUAGCAUGGGAGAAAUGGCAGAGAUAGGGCUUCAUGGAGGGAUGCCCGAGAUUAAAGAGAUAGCCGCAUAUCACAGGAGGAGAAGCGACGCAGCCAUUUUUCUUCGUUAUUAUCAAAUUUGGCUGCUGCCGGACGCCGUAGAUUUGUGGCACACCAACCCUUAGCCCACCUCUCCGCGGCUUUUCACUAAGUUUGAACCCGACCCCUCGCCGUAGAGUGUGUAAUUUCUGUCUCCGAAGCUGACGUCAACUUCUGAACGAAAGCUAGGAGCGGAAGAGCGUGCGUGGAAAUGGCGCUCGGUACGUGCCCCCGACCCGACGCCUGCCGCGGGGGCGCGCUCGCACGCCGGAAGGGGCGGGGCCAGAUUUGGCUUUAUAUAGCGGGCCCGUAAGGCCGACCGGCCUCUACCGGCGGGAUUUGAUGGCGUGAUGUCUCACAGAAAGUUCUCCGCUCCCAGACAUGGGUCCCUGGGCUUCCUGCCUCGGAAGCGCAGCAGCAGGCAUCGUGGGAAGGUGAAGAGCUUCCCUAAGGAUGACCCGUCCAAGCCGGUCCACCUCACAGCCUUCCUGGGAUACAAGGCUGGCAUGACUCACAUCGUGCGGGAAGUCGACAGGCCAGGAUCCAAGGUGAACAAGAAGGAGGUGGUGGAGGCUGUGACCAUUGUAGAGACGCCACCCAUGGUGGUUGUGGGCAUUGUGGGCUACGUGGAAACCCCUCGAGGCCUCCGGACCUUCAAGACUGUCUUUGCUGAGCACAUCAGUGAUGAAUGCAAGAGGCGUUUCUAUAAGAAUUGGCAUAAAUCUAAGAAGAAGGCCUUUACCAAGUACUGCAAGAAAUGGCAGGAUGAGGAUGGCAAGAAGCAGCUGGAGAAGGACUUCAGCAGCAUGAAGAAGUACUGCCAAGUCAUCCGUGUCAUUGCCCACACCCAGAUGCGCCUGCUUCCUCUGCGCCAGAAGAAGGCCCACCUGAUGGAGAUCCAGGUGAACGGAGGCACCGUGGCCGAGAAGCUGGACUGGGCCCGCGAGAGGCUCGAGCAGCAGGUACCUGUGAACCAAGUGUUUGGGCAGGAUGAGAUGAUCGACGUCAUCGGGGUGACCAAGGGCAAAGGCUACAAAGGGGUCACCAGUCGUUGGCACACCAAGAAGCUGCCCCGCAAGACCCACCGAGGCCUGCGCAAGGUGGCCUGUAUUGGGGCAUGGCAUCCUGCUCGUGUAGCCUUCUCUGUGGCACGCGCUGGGCAGAAAGGCUACCAUCACCGCACUGAGAUCAACAAGAAGAUCUAUAAGAUUGGCCAGGGCUACCUUAUCAAGGACGGCAAGCUGAUCAAGAACAAUGCCUCCACUGACUAUGACCUAUCUGACAAGAGCAUCAACCCUCUGGGUGGCUUUGUCCACUAUGGUGAAGUGACCAAUGACUUUGUCAUGCUGAAAGGCUGUGUGGUGGGAACCAAGAAGCGGGUGCUCACCCUCCGCAAGUCCUUGCUGGUGCAGACGAAGCGGCGGGCUCUGGAGAAGAUUGACCUUAAGUUCAUUGACACCACCUCCAAGUUUGGCCAUGGCCGCUUCCAGACCAUGGAGGAGAAGAAAGCAUUCAUGGGACCACUCAAGAAAGACCGAAUUGCAAAGGAAGAAGGAGCUUAAUGCCAGGAACAGAUUUUGCAGUUGGUGGGGUCUCAAUAAAAGUUAUUUUCCACUGAA